UUGUCCACUGAGGAGAUGUCCAAGGAGCAGCUGGAGGAGCACAUUGUACGCCUCCGAGAGGAGCUGGACAGAGAGCGGGAGGAGAGAAACUACUUUCAGCUGGAGAGGGACAAGAUCCACACCUUCUGGGAGAUCACAAAGAGACAGCUCGAGGAGAGCAAGUCUGAGCUGAGGAACAGAGACAGGGAGAUAGAGGAAGCUGGGGAGCGCCACCAAGAAGAGAUCAAGGUGUACAAACAGAAGAUGAAGCAUCUCCUGUAUGAACACCAGAACAACAUCUCUGAGCUGAAAGCAGAGGGCGUCAUCUCCACCAAGCUGUUGCAGAGUGAGCAUGCAGGAUCAGAGAAUGAGCUUCGUACAGGAAUGCAAGCUCUCAAAGUGGAUGCAAAGAAGCAGGAGCUCUCCAAUGAAACCGCUAUCAAAGAGCUCAAACUGAAACAUGAGGAAGAAUUAACUAAAAUAACAGACUCUUUCGAGAGCCAAGUCAGAGAAAUUAAAGCCAUUUAUACGAGGGAGAUGGACUGUCUGCGAGAAAAACAGGAAAAACUGAAGAAAACUGAAAUCAGUGACAUUGAGAAUCGAAUGAACAGCCAAAUCACCACGCUCAUAAAGAAGCACAACAAAGCUUUCAGUGACAUGGAGGCAUACUUCAGCAACUCCACACAGGAGAGUGAGAGCACCUAUAAAACACUGAAGAAACAACUUGAAGAAAUGAAAAUGAAACAGAAGCAACUGGAGAGGGACAUGUCAAAAGUGAUGCAUGAGAACAAACGUCUGAUAGAACCUCUGCAGAAAGCUCAGAGGGAGGUGCCUGAGCUUCAGAAACAACUUGUCAACUUCGAGAAAGACAAGGACUUGUUGGCGACCUCGAAAACACAUUUGAAAUUUAAAGAAAAGGAGAUGGAAGAUCUGAAAUGGGAGCAUGAGGUGCUACAGCAGAUGUUUAGCAAGAUUCAGCUGGAAAGAGAUGAGCUACACAAGAAGUUCACCCAGGCAGUUCUGAAGGUGCAGCAAAAAAGUGGUUUUAAAAGCUUGCUGCUAGAAAGGAAGCUGGGAGCUCUGACAGACACCCUGGAAAAGAAGGAGGCUCAGCUCUACGCAGUGCUCUCUGCCUCAAACAUGGAUCAAACUGCCCUCGCUGGAGUCACAGACAAACUUGAGGAAGUUUUGGACUCCAAGAAUAUUUCCAUUCAGGACUUGCAGCAUGAAUUAGCUCGAGUUUGCAAGGCCCAUGAUGACCUGCUGCAGACCUACGAGGUGAAGCUAAGGGCUUUUGGCAUCCCUGUGGAAGAGCUGGGGUUCAAGCCGUUGCAGAGUAGUCUGGCUGGUCGAACUCUAGGACCAGGUCCUGCUGGUCUCCUCUCUGCAACCAAAUGAUAAGCAACUUGUGUUUCCUUGGAGUGAG